AUGGCCGAGGUGAACAGAACUUUGCCAGAAAUACUCAAGAUGCGACUUCAAUCGGAAAAGGCACACCAAGAAAAAAUCGAUGAAAUCCUCGUUCGACGAGACUUUCUUCUAAAACAGUUCUUUUACAUGAAGCAACUCGCUGGAACGGAAGCUAGUCUGGAACCCGAGCAAGAUUUCUCGAAAAUCGACGUAGAGAAAUUGAAGGCCUUUCAAGAAGAACACCGGCUGUCAGAAUCAAACCCGACCUCAGGAAUGCUCGAAAUCGACGGAGAUGAGGAAAAUGUUGAAAUGGAUAUUCUAGAGUCUUUAGUGAAGCAGGAAAGUACCACGCCUACAGUAAUGACACCAUCGGAUAGUGCGGUUGUGGUUCCAGAUCUUACCUCAGAUUCGCCGAUGGAAAUUGUUGAAAACGAGCAUGUUGAAACUAAGGAAGCAGGUGGAAAGGAGCCUACAAUCAAGAAGGAACCAACACCAUCAAUAAUCAGCUUUGAAGAUGUACAAGAUAUAGCGCACGAAGGCAACCUCGCGUCCCCGAAAUCCAAUGCUGCAUUACCUGAAGGCGACAAUCCCACCCAUGGCGAUCGGCAGAUGACGCCAGAACCAAGGACGCCUGGAAGCACACCAGGAAGUACCCCUGGACCUCAAAACAAUUCAGCUGAGACGUCACCCUCUCGUAAACUGAAGCGCAUGCUUCCUCCUCCAGAGCGUAUGGUGACACGGGGAGUCAGUGGGGCUAUUCGACAUCGAAGUGUAGAAGAAAUAUUAGGGUCCGCUUCUGAAAGAUCACCCACCACGCCUACUCUGCGCCAUCCUCAAUAUGAGCAUCCUUCGCCGGUAGCAACCUCUCCUAUCAGUGCUUCAGAUUCUAGUGUAUCCACUUUGGCUCCAUCCACAACAAACGAUGCCUUGAAUGCGGCGAUAAAUGGUGGCUCCGUAACAACUCCACCAACAAAUGUAGGAGAGUCCACACCCGCCAAAGCCGUUGCUUUGAAACUCCAUUCAACAAAAAAGCUUGCCCAGCCAACAACUACACCAACUAUCAUGAAACGCUCGGAUUCACGUUAUGGAUCAUCGCGGCACGAUCUCAUAGAUGGAUCGUCUUCAUCCGGCCGACCUCCUAGACAUGUGGAUCUUUAUGCUUGGCAGCUCAAGGCUCAGUCGCAGCCGAUCUACAAAGCGCUACAGACUGCGAGUAAAGUACUGACAACUAAGGAUUGGAAGGUAGCACGCGAAGAACUCAAGCUGGUGCGAGCGAUGCAACGGAUAGAGGCACUGAAAGCGGGUAAUCGCUGGAGCUUCAAGCAGAUCAAGAAGCAUCGAGGACCUGCUAGGACGAAAACACACUGGGAUCAUUUACUCGACGAAAUGCGCUGGAUUCAAGUGGAUUUCAAGGAGGAGAGACGUUGGAAGAUUGCCACUGCGUAUCAGAUGUCAAGGUGGAUCAUGGCAUGGCAUGAAGCCGAGGAUAAAUCCCUCGUUUGUGUCUCGCGUCGAAAAGUUGUUGGGCUCUCAGAGCCGAUGUUAUCCGAAACACAGGGACAUUCAUUGCAGGCGAUGGAAACGACGGUCAAGGUGGAGGACAUUAUUGAUGAGAACAUGAUGGAUAUAUCUGAACCUUCUUUGGAAGCUUCUCAAACAUCUGGUAACGAUAGCGCUGUGAAGCAGGAUAAGGAUAUUACGACUGAACGCUCUAUCAAAAUCGAAGCAGAAGAUAUCGUGAUGUCUACACCCACAGAUACAUCAGAACAUUCUGCAGCGGAUGCGCCGGAUGCAGCAUUAACAUCCGAGUCAAAGUUUAGCAGCAGCGACCUGACAGAGGCUGAAAAUAAGAUACUCGUGGCAAAGAUGAAGGAUAAUGCGAAGGACGAUUUCAUAAUGAUGCCACCACCGAUCUCACCCGCUGUUCUUCAAAAGUGCAGGCCUUCAAUUUUGGAGCUCGAUACGAGCACUACUGUUUUCUCAUUAGAUACUUUGGAGGCUCUCAUGGAGGGCGUUCACAUUGGAUCAUUUGAUGUUGGUGCGUUAUUUCCAGAUUUGCCACUCUAUGGGCCCCCUAAUCCAGACGAUAAUGACGCCUAUAUUGAUGAAGCGGAACACGGUAGAGUCACUAUGAUUAGCAGAUUAAUGAGUUCUAGGCCGCCUACACUUGAGUUUGGCCCCUUGGCUUCUCAAAUUAUCUAUGUGAAGCGUAAAAGAGAGUUGACUGGCGAAGCAGACGAUUUUGAGGAAGAGGAUGCUCGAGUGCCAAAAAUUGAGGGGAAGAUAUUAAACGCUAUUCCUGGAACGGAGCCGCCCAGAGCUGUUCCUGUUUUGUUUCAAGCCAAAAAAAAUAAGGAUGCACCCAUGAUACCCAUUCGUAGACCUACACCCCCAAGUCCCCAUGCUCAGAGAACACCUGUCGUUUGGCUAAGUGAAGAAGAGGAUCUUUUGAUGACUUUAAUCAAGCCCUAUCAAUACAACUGGGACCUGAUCUCGGAUAUAUUUAAUUCUAUGCGUGGUCCUAUCAUCUCAUCAGACCGAAGAACUCCUUGGGAUUGUUAUGAAAAAUGGGCCAAGAAGGAGGGACCACAGUCUGGGGGCAAUGGUACAGCGAUUGAAACCAGCUUAGGACUCAUCCCAAUUGGCAAUCUUCCUUCAAACUCCAUACCGUCGCCCUCUCCUCCAAAGGCUAGGAAGGAUAAAGAUGGCAAGAAGAUUGUUACAACUAUUAAGGCGGACCCAGCACGGAAGAAGCAACGCUCGAUGAGCCUACUAGAGGCCAUGAAGAAAGCGAGCAAAAAGCGAGAGGCUGCUCAGAGCCGUGUCAACAAUAGUGGUUCUGCAGUCGCUGCUGCUGCAAACAAGAAGACUGUUGUAAACCAGGACAACCAGGGCCAGAGCCCGAAAGUUGGAGGCAGUACUGUACUACUGACGCCAGCCGAUUUAAGCAAGGUAAAAUUGGAGCGGGAACGUCAAUUGAACCAAGCCAUGCAUGAACAACGCCAGAUGCAGGCAGCAUCGUUAGCUCUUGGAAGGCCUGUCGUGCGCCCAACCAUUCCAAACGCUCCUGGAAUGCCAUUGGAUGCAACUCAGCAAUUGGCCCGCCCUACCGGCGCUGUUACUGCCCAGCCUCAACAGCCUGGUCAAAUCUUGAAUAUCGGGAAUGGAGCUCAACAUUAUCCAAACCUCCCUCGUGUCCAAGCUGAGACACAAGCACGUCAACAACUGAUGCGUUAUUUUGAGGGCCAGCAUCAGGCGAUUCAACGUCAGCAGCAGCAACAGCAACAGCUGAUUUUGUUGCAACAACAACAGCAGCAGCAACAGCAGAACGGACAGCAGCUUGCCGGUCAGACUACACAGACUCUACCGCAGCAGCAAGCAUCUCCACAGUUGGCGCAGCAGCAAAUUGGACAAGCAGCUACGCUUAUAAAUGGUCAACCUUUGACGGCUGCUCAGCUAGCUCAGCAAAAGCAACUGCUGCAACAGCAGCAUAUCCUUCAGCAGCAAAAACUACAGGCGCAGAAAUUGCAAAUGCAGCAACAGCUAGUUCAGCAGCAGCAGCGUCAACUUCAGGCGCAAGCCCAGGUGCAGCAGUUGGCUCUACAACAGCAACAUCAACAGGCGCUUGCAUUACAGCAACAGCAGCUUGCCUUGCAGCAGCAGCAACAGCAACAGCAGCAGGCCCAGCAACAAGCUCAACAAGCCCAGCAACAAGCCCAGCAACAAGCCCAGCAACAAGCCCAGCAACAAGCCCAGCAACAAGCCCAGCAACAAGCCCAACAACAGCAGGCCAAGAAGUGA